AUGACCACGCUGCACUCCAAGACGGAGCCGUCAAGUUCGCCGCAGCUCAUUCCCUCCUCAACCAUGGGGCGGAGCGUGAAGGUUUCGGCUGUGGAGGGGCUGACAGACCGCUUCGGCUUCUUUAUCGACGCCAAGGAGAAGGCAAUAGAGGAUGAAUACAUUCGGAAGUACCCUGAGAUGCCGUCAACGCAAAAGGAUUGGGCGGCUCUGCUACAGCGGUGGAGUCGCGCUCCGUAUUCAACCAAAAAGAAGUACUGCCGCAGAGGUGUCCCUCAGUCACUGCGCCGCACGGUGUGGCCGUUACUCCUUAACAGCUAUGGCUGGGCAGUUUCCAAUAUUGAAGACUAUCAGGUGCUGAAGUCACGCACCCCUGUUGACACUGAGGUGUUCGCGGUUAUUGAGCGAGAUCUGGGGCGCACAUUCCCAACACACCGAUGGUUUGCAAAUCCCAACGGGGUUGGGCAGACCAAACUGCGGGGCAUUCUUCGCGCUUAUGCCAACAUGGACCCUGCUGUGGGGUACGUGCAGGGGAUGGGCUUUCUGGCGGCCACACUCCUAUUACAGAUAGAGGAUGAGGAAAGUACUUUCUGGGCCUUCGUCUCACUCAUGCAAGAACCAAAGUACUCUAUGGCUUCGCUGUAUGCUCCAGGAUUCCCUUCUCUGUACGUGUGCUUCCACCAACUGAAGAAGCUUAUGAAACACAAGUGCAGACGUUUGUUGAAGCGGAUGAAGGCAUACGAAAUCGACCCCUCUGUUUACGCAACACAUUGGUACUUGACGCUGUUUUCAUAUCACCUGAGCUUCAGUUUACUCUCACGCAUAUGGGAUAUGUUUCUUUGUGAGGGAUGGAAGGUCAUUCACCGCGUGGCUAUCACCUUUCUUUUACUCCAUGAAAAAACCCUGGAGCGGGCCAGGGAUGAAAGUGAUUUUCUCAUGGCUCUGCGGGGAAUUCACGAGGGCAAGGACGCCGACGGUAUUCUCAAGAAGGCACUCAAGGUGAAGUUCAAAACAGCACAGCUGCUUAAAUGGGAAGCCAAGUUCACGGCUUCUAAGCGAAAGAGUGAGAGAAAAAAAGGGGAGUAUGAAGAGUGA